UUCUUCAGCGAAUGCUUCGUGUAAUGUGACGAGUCCAGAUCUGACCAGAAAAAGGCAAGUCCUUCGGGUAGUGUUUCUUAAUGAAGGCAGCAAAUUCCGAUAAGCACUGUUGCGUUAUAAGCACCAGGCCAAUAUUUCAUGGGCAAAACUGUGUCUACUGCAUGAUCAUGGAGCAGCAAAAUCCAAAAUCUAACAAGGAGAAAAAACUAGGAGAACCCGUCGAAAUCAACGCCUCUGUUCAGUUGAAAGUAGAACAAAUCGAAAUGACAGAGACAUUGUCUGAAAAAGCUGACAGAGACAAUAAAAUAAAAGAACCCAUCGAAUUAAACACCUCAAUCCAGGUGAAAGUAGAAGAAAUGGAUAUAAUAGACACACCGCCUGAAAAUGCCAAUAAGGAGAACAAAUUAGGAGAACCCGUCGGAUUCAACGCCCCUAUUCCGAUGAAAGUAGAAGAAAUCGAAAUAAUAGAUUCAUUGACUGAAUUAAAAUCAGAACCACAGGAAGCGGAUGUCGUUAGCCACCGAUGUGAGGUUUGUGGCAAAGUAUUCCCAUUAAUCUCCCUGCUUGAUGAUCAUCGAUUGGAUCACACGAAAGAUGAAGAUUCAAACAGUGGUCCUAGUACCUGCGAAGAUGAAAACCCUUACAUUUGUGACUUGUGCGGAAGAAGAUAUCGUAAACUCGUCCAGAUCAGAGAUCAUAUGAAAUAUCACAAAGGAAAACCUUUCAAAUGUGACGUGUGUGAGAAGCCAUUUGCCACAAUUAGCAAUCUCAAUGAACACAAGAAGUUUCACACGAACGAUAAACCAUUCAAGUGUGAGUUGUGUGAAAAGGCAUUUCAUGCGCGCCACCAGCUGAAAAGGCACUCAUAUAAUCACACAACUGAGACACAGUUUAACUGUGAGCUGUGCGGGGAAGGAUUUUCCACACUCUGGGACCUUGUGCUUCACAAGGGAGAUUACAGGCUCAAGAAUGAACUUUCUAAGUGCGUCAAACACGAAUCAUUCAGGGUAGUUAGUACAGCAUGUGAGAUAUGUGGAAAGGAAUAUGAUACGCUCAGAAAGCUAAAGUGCCAUAUGCAAUCCCAUAAUGUGAGAAUUCACAAAUGUGACAUGUGUGAGAAAGCAUUUAGUAUAAUUGGUAAGCUUAUGCUGAUUUCAUGUGAAGUGUGUGGGAAAGAAUUUCGCGAAAAAGGUGUCCUCAAAACCCACCAGAAUAUUCACACAAACGAAAAAUCACACAUGUGUGAAGUGUGCGGAAGAGAGUUUCGCGAAAUACCGAAUCUCAAAAGACACAUGAAUAUUCACACAGACAAAAAGCCACACAAAUGUGAUGUGUGUGGGAAGGGAUUUCGCGAAAUGCAGAACCUCAGCAGACACAAGAUGGUUCACGAAAGCAUAGAACUAAAACCGUACAAGUGUGAAGUGUGCGGAAAGGGUCUUCGUUAUCGCGAUAACCUCAGCCGUCACAUAUCGACAGUUCACUCGAAGUGA